AUGGCUGAUCGAAAAUUAUUUAUCGGAAAUCUUGUACGUCGUAUUACUCAAGAAGAUCUAUGGGUGAUGUAUUCAGCAUUUGGACCCUUGGAAGAAUGUGCCAAAUUCCACGAAUCAUUUGGUUUUGUUCGUUUUCUGCAUGCUGAAGAUGCUCGACAAGCAUUAGACGCAACGCAUGGUAUUACAUUGAAAGGACGAUGUAUUAAAGUCGAAUUCGCUGCAACGACAACUUCAUGGAGAUCUGCGAAUACCUCUUGCUGUAAUGAAUGUCGUUCAUCGACUCGGUAUAAUAUUCCACCAAUUCGAGCAGUUGAUUUGGCAAAUUAUCGAGGACAUUAUCAUACAAGUUUCGCACCGAGAUCACCGCCGCGCGUUGGUCCUAUUGGUCAUCGAAAGAAAAAUCAAGCGAAAACAAUGACUUUAGAGAAAACUUCAACCUCAACAAAAAUUCCUGAAGUCCAUACAAUUGUUUCUUCACCACCCUCAUCUUAUGCUGCAUCAUCAUCAAGUCAUAUUGCUGAAAUCGACGAUUAUGAUUGUGAACUUGAUAGUGGAUACAACGAUGAAUUCGAUUCACCAGUGUCUUCAACAUCACCAUGGUCCGAUACGCCAAACACAGAUGAAAUGUUCAUAUGGGAUUUUCAAUUGUAUGCUGAUAUUGCGCGUGAACUUCCAUCGAUAAAAAUUGAUUUUUCAUCUUCCGAAUGCACAGAUGAUGAUGAUGAUACAUGCCAUUCACUUGAACAACUCACUCAAUUCAAUAUCGACGAAUAUCUAUAA